ACCCCACAUCGUCCGCUCAAUGACCGAGCUGAUCGACUACUAUAUCCACGCGGUGCACGAACUGUUCGCCACCGAUCUGCCCGUGCCACGGGACAAUCUGUACAGUGGCCGACUGCGCCAGGCCCUGCAGCGGAUCGCCACCGAGCUGGUGCCGAAGCUGCGCCGCGUUGCGCCCCUCUCCGACGAGAUGAUCCGAAUGGAUUUGGCCGACCCGGAGUCACUGUACGGACUGCAGAAGCGUGCGAUCGCCACCGAAAGCUGCCUCACCCUCGUUGCCCAGGUGCGCCAGAUGGAGGCCUAUCUGAGUGCCCUGUUAGUGCAGCACGGUCCAGCCGACAGUGUUGCGAUGGAUGCCGAUGGGUGGAACCAGCACUGCUUGCGCGAUUACCUCGCCCGCACCAGCGACUACGUGCCGGAUCUUCGCAAACCCAUCUUCAUGUGCUCGACAGCGCGCGUAAUCGAUCUGCCGGUUGUGCUGCACGCAAUGGCCAAGGUUAAGUGGGACGUGAACCACGUCAACGUGCAGCACUCGCCCUAUAUCGACAUAAUUAACCGGGGUAUCCAAUAUUUCGCCAUGAAACUGGAGGAUGAAGCGACACCGACGCUGCUGCCCCGCGAUGCCCUCUGGGAUAGCUUUGUUCACGUGUUGACGCACCUGCUGGUCGAAGGGUUUGCGGCGGCAAAGAAAUGUUCGGCAGGCGGCCGGGCCCUAAUGCAGCUGGAUUUUGCCCACUUCUGGUCGCUGCUCGAGAUCGUGUCCGGUGGCAAGCAUACGGAGCACCGCGCUUAUGUUGAGCAGUACGUGAAAGCUUACUACUUACCGAAGGAUCUGCUCGAGCAGUGGCUCCUCGAUGCAAACGGUUACUCGCCCCGGCAGCUCAGCGGACUAGUCGCGUGUGCGUGCAGUAGCGACAAGAAGACACGCCAGCGGCUGCUCACACUGAUCGAGGGCCAAACCAAUGGUACCAAUGGUUCCAGCUCGCCGUCACCACCCUAAUCUGCGUGUAGUUUACCGGCAGAACUGGUAUUCCUUGGUUUCCGUCUCAAGAUGCUUAUCGUACUCCAGCCCCGAGAAAACUUCGUGUACCCACGGGUUACUCUCGACUACUCUUACUUCGUAAUCUCGCGUUCGAUCGCGUCGCAACUGCGCUCUGUUUUAAAAUAUAUUUUUUCGAUAUUAGGGAUUAUGGUAUUCUCUUUCUCUCUAUCUCUCUCUCUCUCUCUUCUCGCUCUCGAUUUUUGUAUCUCAUGUUAUACUUUAUACCUAAUAUUGCGUUAUACUUUAUACCUCUCAUGUUAUACUUUAUACCUCUCCCCUUUUGAAUCGCGUACUAGCAUAUUAAGUUAAUGGCAUGUUAGUUACUGUACUACGUUUAGUUGCUAAUACCGCUCAACCAUAUGUUCGACUAACUUAUUACGUUUAAAGUGGCCGAUCCCGGACGCAAAGCAUGUUUCGCUGGAUCACACUUCAUCGAUCGGUUAUACAUAUUACUCCUCCUUCAUCCUCCUGUAUCAUUCCUCGUUGUGUUUUGUUUUGUUUUGUAAAUCUUUAACUAGAAGCAGAUAAUGCAACGAUUGCAUUGCGGAACAGAAUAGAUCAAAUGUAUUUAUCGAAACGGAACGGUGUUUUGUUGUAUUGCUCCCCUUCCCACGCCGUGUCAGUGGAGCAUAUCCUCACCAAAUAAAUUAAU